AUGCCCCCCAAACUCCCCCGCAGCACAAAACAAUCCCUCAUAAUCACCUACCUCCAAACAACCCAAACCUGCCACACGCUGAAAGAGCUCGAGAAAACACUCCCCCCGGUCGCCUCGAUCCCCGGGAUGCAAGUGAAAGAGUACAUCCAGGAACUGGUGGACGAGAACCGGAUCCGCGUGGAGAAGAUCGGCAGCGGGAACUGGUACUGGAGUUUUGCGGGGGACGAGCGAGGCGAGAAGGAGCGGGCGCGGAACGAGGUCAAGAAUGAGGUGGAGCGGGCACGCGGUGGGUGGGAGAAGAUGGCGGGCAGGUUGGCGGCGCGCAGGGGGGAGAUGCAGCGGGAGCGGGAGGAAUUGGGUUCGAUGAUGGGACAACAGGGGGAGGAGGUGGAGGUGUUGAGGGGGGAGUUGUUGGGGAGGAAGGAGGUGUUGGAAAGGGAGUGGAAACGGGUGAGAGAGGAGGUGAUGAUUAUGAAUGAUGGAGAAGAGGGGAAGAGCGUUAUGGAGAUGAAGGCAGAGACGGAGAGAUUCCGAGCGGAGGCGCAGAUGUGGACGGAUAACGUUUACGUGCUGGAAGGAUAUCUGCGUCGCCUCGCAGGGGGGGAUCGGGACAUUAUCACGGCGGUGCAGCGCGAGUGUUACGGGGAGGAGUACGUGGAGGGGGAAUUGCGCGAGAUGAAGAUGGACUAUUGA